CCUUGGCCUGGUAGUUUUCUCGGCAUUUCUCAAAGCCAGCCGCGGAUUAUGAAUUUCCUAACCGUACCCCUUAAAAAGUCGAGUUCCUGUGACUUAUUCAACCCUUUGAAACAAUUAAUAGCUACGCAGUAUGGUUCAAGUGUUGCAGAGUCUUGCAGCAGUUCUCUUGGAGAGUUCGCGACGUUGAGAAAUUCUGUAUGCGUAAAAGGAGAUAACUAUAAUCCAGUUGUCGAAAAAAUAGCAGUGUAUCAUGACGCAUUAGACCAACUUGAAGGGCGUUUGCAUUUGACUGCUGGUUCCCGAAUCGAUUUCAAGUGGAGUGAUAUAACUGGGAAGUCUACCAAAAAAGAGAGCUCUCUGAGAUUUGAAGCUGCAAAUGUCCUCUUCUGUUAUGGCGCAGCUCACAGCCAAGUCGGAGAGUCUUGCCGUCCCAAUUGUGAAAAUUCACUUCAACAAGCUCUGAAGUCUUUUAAGAUUGCUUCCAGUACUUUUGAUUAUUUGGCCUCAGAUACAUCAUCAGGCAUGAAAGACCCGCUUCCAGACAUGACUUCAGUAGCACUGACAUUUUUCAGUAACCUUAUGUUUGCUCAGGCCUAUGAAUGUGUAUUUUACAAAGCUGAGAAAGAUGAGAAAAAGCCUGGCAUUCUUGCAAGAAUAUCAUCAACUUUGACUACUCUUUAUGAAGAAUGCGUUUCGAAUUGUUCAAGUGGUGCUAAAAAUAUUAUCCCUAAGGACUGGCCAGGGGUGUUAGCUAUGAAAAAAGGUUUAUAUGAGGCAUUAACCCAAUAUUAUCAAUCCAAGGCUUGUGGAGAAAACAAACAAUAUGGCGAACAGCUUGCUCGAUUAUCAUGGGCUUAUGAAUUGAUCAAAAGUGUUAGUCGUAGCAGUUAUUUUCAGCGUAAAAACCUGGUGGAACAAUUCAAGCAUGAAGAAUCAGUUGCAAUCAAAGAUAAUGAUCAUAUAUAUCAUGAGAAGAUACCAGCUAGAACGGGUCUUUCUCCUGUUCAAGGUGUCGAAGUUAUUAAGAAGUCUCCACUUACUUUCCCUCUAUCAGGAUCAACAAGAGAUUACUUUGUAGAUCUACUUCCAUUCGCUGUUACAGAGGCUCUUAACACUGCUAAAGGCGUUCGCGCAUCUCUAGUCGAUGGAGAGGUGUGUAGGCUACGGGAAGCUUCUACUAAAUUGAAUGAAAUACUGGCAUCAUACAACCUCCCAGCAGCAUUACAAGUUGUUGGAUCAGGCAUAAUUCCCGACACACUUUUAUCUAAAGCUGCCUGUAUACGUCGAGAUGGUGGAGCGGAUAAGUUAUACGAACAACUGAUGUCCAUACCUGAAUGUGUCCAACGUAAUAAGGAGAUUAUAGCAGCUGAAAAAGCAUCAUUAGACGAUGAAGAAAAAUCCGAUAACAAUUUACGAGGACAAUAUGGUGAACGUUGGACACGGAAACCGUCAAGUGAAUUGACUUUAGCAUGGCGUUCUGAUAUACAGAAAUGUUUGAGUUUACUUGAACAAACUACAAAAACUGAUGCAUCUCUUAUAGAACGAUUUGAAAAGCAUAAAUAUCAUCUGGAAUUACUUAGCAAACCAGAAGAUGCACUUAUAGCUGCAGUUCGCUCAGAGGUUAACUCCUCAGAAACAAAUGCCAGUAGUAAUAAUGAGGCGUUACGAUCAGAGUUAAACCAGUUAUGUGAUAAAUUAGAAGUAGUUAAAACUGAAAGAAGUGAAAUAAUGGAACGCUUGAAAGUAAUCGAUUUUCCACCUGAUUUUGCCAAAAAGCUUCUAACUCACUAUCGUGAACAUGGUGAGAUAAUCGACUUAGAUAUGCCUUCCGAUGUGCUUAACGAGAAAAUGGCAUCUGUUCGUGAAUCUGUUCGAGAAAAUUUAAAUAAACAAGACAAUCUACUAAAUCAAUUACAAGUGAAAGCAGAUAUGUUUUAUGGUGGAUCAGACAGUAGUACUUCAAAGAAUAAAGGUCUUCUGACAAUGCUUAAUCUUGCCGCUGAUGAAUAUUCAGCGCUUCAAGAAGCAGUUCGUGAUGCUAUGAAAUUUUAUGCUGAACUCACUGAAAUCUGUUUAAAUACACAAUCCAAGAUUGAAGAUUUUUGUGCUGCUCGUACUACAGAAAAGAACGAAUUAAUGUCUGAUAUUACAGCUAAUUUAAGCCGAGUUCGCGUUUCCGAUCAGCAGCCAUUGCCAAAACCGUGCGUGCCUCCUGCCCGACCUGAACCGAGUUAUAAUAAUCAAGUUAACCCACCCCCGUCACAACCUGUCCCAAUGCCAACACCUGUGGGUGGUAUGGUCAAUGCACAGUAUCAUAUGCCUGGACAGGCAUGGGCACCUCAAGGAUAUCCUAUGAUGGCUCCACCAGCACCAUAUGGUAUGGCUCCCUACCCACCAAUGUAUUCUUACUAUGGUGGUUACGCUCCGAUGCCAAUGCCUCCAAAUCCAGCAUACACUCCUAUACCUUUGAUGCCUCACAAUAUGGGUGGUGGUACCACUGGUGGUAAUGAAUACCAAGGACAAUAUCUACCUGGACAACCGUCUACUCAACCUUGAACUUGUAUCUUGAUAAACAGUUAUUCUUUAUUCUUCUCUACGUAUCUUGGCGUGUUUUUCCAUGUAUUGCUUGGAUUCCUCUAGACAACCUAUACAUCCGUGUGUUGAUUUCUCUCGCCUUUUUUGGCAAUCUGCACAUCAACAAAAAUGAUUUUGUUACUUCAUAGAAGUGUCUUUUUCUAACAUUCAUUCAAUUUCAUAUUUUUUUUCUUGCUUUUGUUACUAUAAAAAAUUGAAAUCUCAUUUUGUUUAUUUAUUUCAUAGAUUUUCAAAAUGAAAUUCAACAUAUGUUUUCAUGCAAUGUAUGGGUGCAAUAACUCCAUUAUGAAUAAGAUUUUAUUUUGAUAAAUCACACAGUGUUGUACAGUAAUAUUAAUACGGUUAAUUUUACUGUACAACACUGUGAUUCAUCAAAUUAAAAUCUUAUCUAUAAUAGAGUUAUACUCUACCACAGUGCCUAAGUUUUAUACCUAUAUGGAUGCAAUACACUGUAAACAUAAUCCUUCUUACAGUUAAGACGAACAGACGGGUAUAUAUAUACCUGUGUGUGUGUCCGGUAGUUAGUUAUGGAUUAUGAAGAAAACACAAAUAAGCAUAAACUGUGAUUGUUUUUGUUCGACAUUUAUGUAUACCCUUUCUGCAGUAAGUAUUCUUCUAUGAUGGUUCACUUGAAUGUCUACUAAUGUGCUGGAAAUGAAUUUUUUUUUACUUGUAAAAAAUAAUAUCUGUCUGUUUUUCUUCAUUGGAUUGGAAGAGCUAAGGUACAUUUCAGAAGUAUGCUUAGAUAAAAAGAGGAUGUUGC